AUGCAGAGUACUCAAGUUAAGUAUAUUUUCUCAGACCCUUCACUCUUCUCAAAUCCAAUUCAGAAGACAAUUGAUUUUCCUUCAAGAAAUUACUAUUCCUAUCCAUUUCCCAAACAUGCCGUACUUUCCCAUUUCCAUUUCAAUUUGCAGAAACCAAUUGCGUCAAUGAGGAAACACAAAAGGCAAUCCGGAUUCGUCAGAUCAACCAAAAUCAUGCUAGAAUCAGCCUACUUCAUUGCGUCAAAGCUCAAUAUUUUGCCAGAGCCAUUGGAUUCAAUUAUAAGAGAAUUUGGAGGUGGAAAUGGAGGUGGGUUUAGGUUUUGGAGCGGUCAUGGAUUUGAUGGGUGGAGAAGAAGAAAGAAGAUAAAUUGGGGAUUUUGGGUCUUUUUGGUAAUUUGUGGUGUGGGAUGGUGGUUGAUUUUGGCCAAGGAAUUGGAAAUUGAUGUGUUUUGGGGGGGUUUAAGUUUAACCCUUUUUGGGUUUUCAGUUAAUGUGUGGAAAAGAAGGGUUUCGGAUUGGGCAUUAGGGUUCUGCUGUUGUGCGGCAUUGUUAGGAUUUUUGUUGAGAGAAGAUUUGCAGAAACGGGUCGGGUUUUUUGGUACUAUGAAGAUUGCCAGAAGAAGGAAAAGGUGA